CUUCUUACAUUUUGAGGUCUCCCAUAAAGCUGAGCUGGAGAGUAGUAGUAGAUACUUCGCCACUUUUGCCCAAACAUGGAGAAAUACAGCAAGUGGAGGGACGCCGGUACGGGGGUUCAACCUUUCCUACCACCAGUAUCAUCAUCUGGAGCACCGAUACCAGUACGAGCAUACAAAUCUCUAGCUUACAUCGUAGCUACCUUCAAGUUGGCUGUGCUGGUGGUAAUUGGAAUAGCCUAUGCGCUGGUAGUAGCUCUUCCGGAGACGCUGUUGGGCUGGGAUUCCGGAUUGAUACCGCUAUUGCUAAAAUGGCCAGCAGUUGCACUACUACGACUUGCUCUACUGUUCAUGGGCUACAUCAAUAUCUCCACGGAGGUGGUUUCUACCAAAAGAGGACGUAUGAAGAGUAACCCUGCUAUCAGACCGGUCAAAGGAGAUCUCAUCGUGGCCAAUUGGACGUCGUACAUUGACAUCAUCUACCUUGCAUUCCGCUUCAGCCCCACGUAUGCUUUACCCGUACAUGCACCUCCUGCGCUGGAUCCUUCGAAAAGCGUCAGCCUGACAGGCCGCCAAACCGGUACCGGAUCUUCCAAGAUCGACCUCCCCUCCAUCUCGGCCGUCCCUAGCUCUCCUCUGCUAGGCUACGUCCCAGUCGGGCUCUUGACAAUGAUCAACCUCACCGGUCAUACUCCGGCUCAUACCUUCGCUACUCGGUUCUCUGGCAAGGACGUCAAGCUGUACAGUCUAAAAGACUUGUGCGACAAGGCGCCUGGACCGGUCGUCCUGUUCCCCGAGGGUACGACGACCAACGGCCGAGGACUGCUUCGAUCGAGCGAAGGACUGUUCGGGACGGAAGGUUGGGAAGUUCCUGUCCGCCAACGAGCCGUAUGGAUGUGUUGGUUCAAACAUCCUCCUCCUUCGGAAUUCUCCCCCUCGGCGACCUUGUCUAUACCCGACUCGUCCUCUUCGACGAACCCCCUCUCGCACCUAUUCCACUCGCUCCUCUGCACCAUGACCACCCGUUCUCUGACCGCCCGAUGGCUCCAUCCAGACUGUUCGCCCAGCAGCGGGGACUUCCUACCCAGCGAAAUCCUCGGACUCAAUACCGGCUCGUCUUCAGCUCAGAACAAGAGCGUGUCUCGCUCGGCUGGGAACAUGCAGAACGACGUCCUAGCUCAGUGUCUGACGUUGAUCAUGCUCCAGCUGGGCCGGGCCAAGCAGAUCGGGAUGGGCUGGGAGGACAAGACGGCGUUCUUGGACUUUUGGCGGGAGAAGAAUAGGCGGAUCGGCAAGACGAGCAACAAGACGGCGGAGAGCGCUCGUUUGAAAAAGAGGAGAUGAUCGGGUGGAUGGGGCUUGGUUCUUACGUUUCUCAUGUAAGAUUGAGGUUUCUCCUAUAUGAUUGCUGUUUGGGGAGGGGACGCUUUCGCGAGUCGGGCUGUGUCUUCGUCCCCCUUGCCUCCGAUGUCGCCCUACUGCAUACUGAGGGGUCCGAGUACCCUUCCGCCCUUUAUAUGUGUUGAAAGAACGCAACGUCCGUGUAAAGAGCCAUUUCGGCGAACCAGAUGGCAUCGGGAGAGGUGCAACGCUGGCAUCCUUGUAGCGUUUCGUGUCGCCCGCUCCUUCUCGCUUACCAACGCUGUUCAUGUAUUAGAUUCGAUGAACUGGAUUACGCACAUCGCAAGAGUUGCCUUGCGACCCCGGCGCAUAUGAACGA